AUGAUUUUCUGUGCUCGCCAACUACAGGAAAAAUCAAAAGAACAGCAAAAACCCAUAUUACUAAUUUUCUACAACCUCAAAAAAGCAUUCGACAGUGUAGCAAGAACAGCCAUGUGGUCUGUCCUCGAUCGCUUCGGAGUCCCUGAGCCUUUUGUUGACAUGAUUAAAGUCCUACAUGAUGGGAUGACAGCUAAAGUAAUCCAUCAAAGUAACCUACUGAUCAAUGUGACCAACACCAUCAAUGUGCCGGAACUACAGUAUGCAGAUGACAACGCUGUCGUAGCCCACACUCAAGCAGAGCUCCAAGAAUUAGUGGAUAACUUCCAUGCUGCCUACACAUGUUUUGGCCUAACAGUUAACAAGGCCAAAACUAAGAUAUUGGCCUAA